AUGACGAAGAUCAACACGGAUCACGCCACCGACCACGGAUAUUAUUUACCACAUCACGGCGUGAUCAAGGAAUCGAGCGACACCACCAAGCUACGGGUUGUGUUCGACGGCUCAGCUUCAAGUACCACGGGAAUGUCUCUAAACGACGCCCUUCAUACGGGUCCGAAAUUACAAGAAGACCCGAGAAACAUCCUAUUGAGAUUCCGGUCAUUUCAAUAUGUCCUUACCGGCGACAUCGAGAAAAUGUACCGUCAAUUCAUCCUACGUCCAGAAGAUCGUCCUUAUCAAAAGAUUCUGUGGCGUGCCGACAACGGAGAGAUCGAAACUUACCGACUCAACACCGUAACGUUCGGUCUAUCCGCAGCCCCGUAUCUGGCCAUCCGAUGUCUCAAACAGUUGGCAGAAGACGAGGGAGCUCGAUUUCCGAGAGCAGCGCAGAUCCUACGGCGAGACUUCUAUGUCGACGAUGCGUUGACCGGAGCCGAUACGAAGGACGAAGCCCUAUCAGUCAGGAAUGAUCUCACGAAAUUACUUAAGCUAGCCGGUCUAAAUAUCCGCAAAUGGGCAUCAAACGAUCGGGAUCUGCUGCGAGGGCUACCUGAGGAAGACACCAACCAGAAAUUACAUCUCGGUGAGUCAUCCACGUUAAAAACACUCGGCGUCUUUUGGGAUUCAGCCGACGAUACCAUACUAUAUUCGGUCAAGACGAACAGUGACACUUCCCGAAUCACAAAGCGAUCAAUCAGCUCAGUCAUCGCACAAAUCUAUGAUCCACUAGGAUUGCUCGCGCCGGUAAUCGUUCGAGCAAAAAUGAUUUUGCAACAAGUCUGGACAUUGAAGGUUUAUUAA